GAUUCCGUUUGCCUUUAUGCCUCCUUUGCAAGUCCUCAGCACCUUCCUUUUUGUUCCUAGAACUUAUACUCAGUGCAUUCAUUUGCUUCUCCUUGCUGCUUGCUCUCUGUUUAAGCUCAACCGUUUGCACCACAAACUCCCAUCUUCUCCUUUCAUCUUUCGCAUCGCCACGAUGGGUUUGGCGAUAUCUCGGUUCGUGAAGAUGCUGUUUGCCAAGAAGGAGAUGAGGAUUCUGAUGGUGGGUCUUGAUGCCGCCGGGAAAACAACCAUCCUCUACAAGUUGAAGCUCGGCGAAAUCGUCACCACAAUUCCCACAAUCGGAUUCAAUGUUGAGACUGUCGAGUACAAGAAUGUGAGCUUCACCGUCUGGGAUGUCGGCGGACAGGACAAGAUUCGACCCCUCUGGAGACACUAUUUUCAGAACACCCAGGGACUUAUCUUUGUGGUUGAUAGCAAUGACAGAGAGAGGAUAUCAGAAGCUAGGGACGAGCUUCAUCGGAUGCUGAGUGAGGACGAGUUGCGUGAUGCGACACUGCUUGUGUUUGCGAAUAAGCAAGACCUUCCGAAUGCGAUGAAAGUUUCCGAGAUUACCGAUAAGUUGGGCCUGCACUCACUUCGACAGCGCCGUUGGUACAUACAGGCAGCCUGUGCAACCAAUGGCCAAGGACUCUAUGAAGGUCUGGAUUGGUUAUCCAGCAACAUAACCACCAAGGCAUAAUUGAUGCAGCAGCUGAAGCUAUGGAUGACUCUCCCCCAAUCAGAUGAAACGCAUAUCAAAUUAUAAAGACUAGAACAGAUAAAAGAAAGACAAAUCAUGUACUUCUGUAAACAGUGAUAAUUCGCUACUGCUCUUCACGUCGUUUUCAAAGCUGCUGCUAAUCUCCUACACGAGAAAAUAUUGAACUCUCUAUGUCUGAACUUGAAGUUGUGAUGAUAUGUUGAUGAAAAACCAGUUUCUC